AUGCAAGCUACUAUCCAAGCCAGCGCUUUGGGCGAGUUGCCGAAAGUCCAUGACGCGCAGCUGGCAGGCGUGGGCAACAUCUGCGAGCUGGUCGUGGUCGACAAUGCGGCGGUGCUGCAUAGCGUGCGCACCAGAUACAAGCGGUCGGACAUCUACACAUUCGUCUCGAGGAUGCUGAUCGCCGUGAACCCCUUCAAGGAGCUCCCCAUCUACUCCAAGGACAACCUCCUCCGGUACCUCCCGGGCGCCAACGACAUCAUGGAUUUGCCUCCUCACGUGUACGGCCUGGGCCUGCACGCUGUCAAGGGCCAGAAGCGCGGCAAGAGCCAGGUGGUCCUCAUCAGUGGGGAAUCCGGAGCCGGAAAGACGGAGUCGGCCAAGCUCGUGAUGUCCUACAUCUCGGAGGCCCUCGGCAGCUCUCGACACAUGCAGCGUCGGGAAAGCAGGCCGCGCUACUCCAUAGCGCCAGAGCCAGGGACCGACGGGCUGGCCAAGCGUCGUCAGAGCCGCUACUCCGUCGUUGACCCGAAGAUGCCCAGCAUCCAGGACAAGAUUAUCCAGACCAAUCCCAUCCUCGAGGCCUUCGGCAACGCAAUGACGGUCCGGAACAACAACUCCUCGCGCUUCGGCAAGUGGACGCAGAUGAUGAUCUCGCCCAACAUGUCGAUCCAGGGCUGCUCUGUGACCGACUACCUCCUAGAGGUGACCCGUGUCUGCAGUCGCGGCGAGAAGGAGAGAAACUACCACAUCUUCUUCCAGUUGCUGCAAGCACGCGGCGAGGAGGAGCUCAAAUGCCUGGACAUACAGCCGCCCGAGGCCUACAGCUACCUCCGCGGCUCGCAGUUCGUCGCUCCGGGCAUCGACGACGCGCGGUGCUUCACGGAGGUGAAAGAGGCGUUCCUCGCCCUCGAGUUCGCGUGGGAGGUGCAGAUGGAGAUCUUUAAGGUGGUCAUGGGCGUGUUGGCGCUCGGGAACAUCGAGUUCACAGAGGCUGCCGAGGAGGCCGAAAUCAAAGGCCACGAUGCACUGCUCAAGGUCGGAGGCUUCCUCGGCUUCAGCGAGGAGGCUCUGCGCAGCAUGAUCGAGGUGCAGAAGCUGAAGAUGCCAGGUGGCGAGGUGGUGCAUCGCAAGAGGCCACUGGACCAGGCCAAGGCGGUGAGGGAUGCCUUCGCCAGGCUCCUCUAUGGCCGGACUUUCAAGUGGCUCAUCGAAAAGAUCAACGCCAAGCUGGCGCAAGCUGGGACCACUCCUGUCUUCUUCGGAGUGUUGGAUAUCGCCGGCUUCGAGAGCUUCGAGCACAACUCCCUGGAGCAGCUCUUCAUCAACCUCAGCAAUGAGCUCCUUCAGAAGCACUUCAAUGAGUUCUUCUUUCGCAUGGAGCUUGAGGAGUACGAGGCCGAGGGCGUCUCGGUGGGUGUGGAAGUCCAGUACCAGGACAACAGCGACAUCGUGGAGAUGAUCAAUGGCAAGGGAGGCAUCCUGUCCAUGUUGGAUGACGAGGUGCUGAUACCGAAAGCCACGGACCAAACCUUCGUGUCCAAGGUCAUCAGAACCCACGGCAACAAUCCCAGGAUAGUCAAAAGCAAGAUGGGAGGUGCGGUCAAGUUCGGCAUCAAGCACUUUGCGGGCGAGGUCACCUAUGACGUGUCUGGCUUCCUCGAGAAGAACAUGGCCAAGCUGCCAGACGAGGCGUUGGAGCUGCUAAAGUCCUCCUCCUGCAGCCUGAUCGAGGAGAUCGGUGUUCGCGUGGCCACGGAGGCUCAGGAGGCCGAGAGCGGCAACCGCGCGCGUAAGGCCGAAGUGCUGGAGCGAUAUCGCCUCCUCCUCCCCCGGGCAGAGUGGCCCAAGUUCAUUGGCCGGAGGCAGGUGAACGACGAAGAGAAGCUCAAGAUCAUGAUCGACGUGCUUUGUCUGCAGCAGGCGCUGCGCCAACGCCUCACAGAGAUGGGCCUGGACGAGAAUGGCCUGGCUCUGGGAAAGCUGGGCAAAGUGCCGGUGAUGUGCUGCAUGGGAUUCAAUGGGAUUCAAGGCAGGGCUGGAGUUCUCCGCUUCGACGGGGCUCUGGAAAUUCACCUCCGAAGGGACGCAGACUCGGCCCUGGGUAGUCGCGACCUGGACUUCUUGCUGUCGGCCAUGGUCCAAGGCAUCGGCAUCCUGAGGGGAACUUGA